UGAACGGACCGAUAGCGCGCGCUAUUUUUACGACCCUCUGUUUCGAACGUCGCGCGUCCCUCGCGAGCGCGCUCGGCAGCCAUCGGUCGCCCUCGACGCGACUCGGCGGUCCGCCGCCGCCUCGAACGGCAUAUCUCGAUGAACUCGUAACCCCCGCGACCUAACCUAGCUAAGUGCCGCGGAAACAUGGUACGAACGCUCGCGUGCCGCCGUCCCGUAGUGUUCGCCGUAUCUCGAACGAUCUCGGCUGAACGAUUCCGUCGCUGACCGUAUACCUCUUUUUCUUUCUCUCCUCUCUCUUCCGCUCCUCCUCACGAAGUACGAGGCGGGGAGUGAACAAAACACCGAACCCGCCGUCGGCCGAUGGACAUUGACACGUGAUUCUUUUUCUCACCACGCACCCACCCUUCGUGCGGUCCAUUAACGUCAAUCGCCGGCAAUAAGCCUCGCGGAAUCGCUCUCCGGUAGCCGAUAGUCUAACUCGAGACGACGAGCAACGUAAAAAAAAAGGGGGUCGUCCUGCGUAAGGCAGGAACAAAAUUGGGCGACAGAGUGCAGAAAGUGCUGAUGAACUUACACUCUUUCUGGACCGGUCGUCGAGAGAUACACUAAAGUCGUCACAGUUGUUAUCGAAGUCGUCAUCAAAGUUAAUAGUCUUUUAAGAAUCUUUUUUUCUCUUUUGUAACGAAAAACAAAUCAACAAAAAAGGAAAAUGGCGGGCACUUACACGAAAAAGGAAUUUGGUGCGGGACCUGAGGAGCAGACUCUUCUGAAGGAUUCCAAUGGGACCCGCAUUGUACCUUCAAAAGGUUCAGAACCUGUACGUCUUUCACCAGGAUGGGAAGGUACAGGUAGACCUGAUGACGAAUUGAAUUUUAAAGGUGUUACAAUGGAUCAAGCAGAUCUUGAAUUAAAUCCUCCUAGAGAUAGAUUAAAUUUAGUAUUUUUCAUAUUGAUACUUCAUGGAAUCGGUGCCUUGAUGCCAUGGAACAUGUUUAUAACAGCUAAAGAUUAUUUUGUUAACUACAAAUUGUCUAAAGAAUAUACUGAUAUAGAUUCAAACUAUGCAACAAAUUUUCUCGCGUAUUUGGGAUUUGCAUCACAAGUACCGAAUUUGUUGUUUAAUUGGUUGAAUAUAUUUUUACAAUUUGGAGGCAACUUGACAACGCGUAUAGUAUGGAGUAUUUUUGUUCUGGUCUUGAUAUUUGUUUUUACUGUCAUCUUGGCAAUGACUGAUAGUUCUGGAUGGCCCGGAAUAUUUUUCUGGAUUACUAUGGUAUCUGUUGUUAUAUUAAAUACUGCCAAUGGUAUCUACCAGAAUUCAGUGUUUGGAAUGGCAGCUAAAUUACCCAUCAAAUACACGGGCGCUGUUAUCUUAGGAUCGAAUAUCAGUGGAACUUUUACAGCCAUAAUAAACUUUCUGGCUCAAAUAAUGGCGCCAAACGCGCGCACCGCCGCUAUAUAUUACUUUAUCACAGCUUUGUUCAUUCUCCUGGCUUGUUUUGAUACAUACUUUGCACUUCCAAUUAAUAGAUUUUAUAGAUAUCACGAGCUUCUUCAUCAGAAAGAAACUAACAAAAGACAACUAGAGAAUAAUUCAAGAGGAAAACAUAAACCACCUUAUUGGACAGUGUUCAAGGCAUGUUUCCCACAAUGCUUCAACACAUUUUUAAUUUUCUUCGUUACUUUAGCGCUCUUCCCAACUGUCCAAUCCGAUAUAAAGUCUUUGGAUGAGAAUUUUGUGGUUCCACCUGAAUAUUAUAGCAGUGUCAUGUGCUUUUUAACAUUCAAUAUCACUGCCAUGCUAGGAAGCUCGAUCGCAUCAUUAGUUCAAUGGCCAAGUAGAAAGUAUCUGAUUAUUCCAGUGGUUUUGCGACUUGCUUACAUACCAUUGUUCUUAUUGUGCAACUAUCAGCCAAUUAAGACGGAAAGAAUACUGCCAGUGCUUAUCAAGAAUGAUUGGGUAUUCUGGACUAUUGCCAUUACUAUGGGCCUUAGUAGCGGCUAUCUAUCAUCACUAUCGAUGAUGUAUUGUCCUAGAAUGGUAGAUUCGCAGUACGCCUCGACGGCCGGCAUGUUUGGCGCGGCAUCUUUGAUCACUGGACUUUUUACGGGAAUUCUGUUUUCAAUGGUGAUGCCUUUUAUCGUAGCCAACGUGACAUUUUGAUUAUUUUAAAGAUAAGAUUUAACAUUACGAUAUGCUUAUAUUAACUCAGGAGCGAGGAAACAGAUUGAAAAUUUAGAGUGCACAAUCUAUCUCCUAUAAUUAUAUAUUUAAAUAAUGUAAAAUAACAAUUUAAAAAUUUGAAGAAUUAAUGUGUCGAAGAAAAAACAUUAUUCCUAAAAACAAGUCAAGAAAAGGAAUAACAUUUUAGAAACGGAAGCUACUUUCUUCGACACGAAUAAGAGAAAUGUUUUAAAAAGAAUGCUUGUUUGCUUAUACAUACGUUAAACAUAUACAUAUCUAAUCUUACAAUUCUUUAACCCUGUGUUAGUCGCAAUAUCCAGUAUAUACAGUUCGGACUACAAUGCGUCGUCGUUGCCAUUGAGCAACAAAUCCGAACUUGUUCUUCUAGGUAUUCAGUCAAUUUAUUCUUCACUGUUUCGUGUAUUUCAAUGUUAAAUUUAUUAGCAAAGUGCAAAUAAAAGAAAAAUUGUUUUAAAAAAAUAGAAGAAAAUUAGUGUAUCUAUGAUGUAUAUAGCGACCAUUCAUAAAAAAUGAUGCGCCAAACACAGGGUUAAAUAAUUAACUAGAAGGACAAGCUUUUAAUUAAAUAAAAGCCGUUUGAAGUGCGUGUUUUUUAUAAACGUGUGGCUUGAAGUUUCUAUUGAUUAAUAAUUUUUAAAGUCCCAUUGAUAGGAAAAAAAAUAGAUACAAAAAUAAAUUAAGAUCACGUAAAGUGCAUUAAUGACACAGUACGAUUGUCUCAUAACAGAUUUAUAUAUGAAAUACCGGAAUCCAUGGUUUUAUGAGAAUUAUAGAGAUAUUAAACUCUACUAUAUUACUACUGCCCCACAUUAUUAAAACUGGACCAAUAAGCCUUAUUAAGAAAAAGAAGCUGCGAUGCUCCAGUUUCCGUAUUGUUAAAAUAGAAAUCGCUAAAGCAUUAAAUUUAUCAGGAAGAUCAUAUAUUUAAAUCUGUAUAAUUCGUUACGCGUUUAAAGCUAAACAUAGCUAACUUUUAUUUACUACGAUCAAAUUUAACCCUAGAACGGUAAACUUUUUUUCACUUUAAUGCACAGUGGUUUAUAAAUGUACUCUAUGUCUUCCUGAGCGUUCUGUAUUGAACAAAUAAACUAAAAUCAAUAUUGUGCUACAUGAA